CGUCACAAGGCGGCGCCGUUCUUCUGUAUUUGCGAUUCAACAGCAGAAAAACUCCUGCCGAAGCGACUAACCUCCACACUAUUCUAAAGAUGGCGUUUAUUAAAGAGGAGAGUGAAGACCUGAAGAUUGAAGAAACAUUCACAGUCAAACAUGAAGAUCCAGAGGAGCAAACAGACUUGUUGGUGCCGAAACAAGAGCAAGAACCGAAGGAAAUAGAAGAGAAACACCAGUUGUUACAUACAGAAGAUAAAUACACCCCAAAUGAAGAGACUUUAUUACUAAACAAUGCUAAGGCAACCAAACUUAAACAUUAUCAUUGUCAUCACUGUGGGAAGAUUUACAGGAAAAAAACAAGCUUUACCAUCCACAUGAGAGUUCACACUGGAGAGAGACCUUUUAGCUGCCAACAGUGUGGAAAAGCUUUCAGACAAAAGUCAAACCUUGCUGGUCACCUCAGACUUCACACUGGAGAAAGACCUUACAAAUGCCAACACUGUGGAAAGGGUUUUACUCAAAAACAUGAUCUUAAAAAUCACACGAGAAUUCACACCGGAGAGAAACCUUUCAUAUGCCAACAAUGUGGAAUGAGUUUCCGUGUAAAACAUAAAUUAUAUUGUCACAUGAGAGUUCACACCGGAGAGAAACCAUACACCUGCCAUCAGUGCGGAAAGAGUUUUGCUCGAAAUUCAACACUUAGUCACCACACAAGAAUUCACACCGGAGAGAAACCAUUCACCUGCGAACAGUGUGGAAAGAGUUUUUCUUAUAAACAUAGGCUUAAAGUCCACAUAAGAGUUCACACCGGAGAGAGGCCUUACAAAUGCUCACAGUGUGAAAAGAGUUUCAUUCAGAAACUAAACUGUGACAUUCACAUGAGAGUUCACACCGGAGAGAAACCGUUCAUAUGCUCACAAUGUGGAAACAAUUUCACUCAAAAAGGAAGUCUUGAUUUCCACAUUAGAAGUAUUCAUGGGUCCGCUCGGAAACAAAAAACAAAAGUCCAACACAAGACCUAAGUGGUUUUGGCUUAUGCCAGGGGUGUCCAAACUUGGUCCUGGAGGGCCAGUGUUUUGCAUAGUUUAGCUCCAACUCCCUUCAACACACCUCCCUGGAAGUGUCUAGUAUUCCUAGAAAGAGAUUGAUUACCUGUGUUGGAACUCACUGGCAUAUUGCAGAACUAAAAACCUGUCCGAAUCUGAAAUCUUGGUCAGGCGCCACAUUGUCUCAGUCAUUUAGAAACUGGCUCAAGGCCUUAUACCAUCACGAUAACAGAGAGCCAAUUGAUUUGACUAUUUUGACCAAUACUUUGCCCACAAAUGUUCAGGGGGCCCUGUACCAAAUGUCACCUAAAAAUGGUGCUUUACAAGAUUUUCAAAAAGAAACCCAACCAACUGCCUCACGAGACUCUUUUCCAUGACCUCCGGGUCAUGUGCUCAUGUGGGACAUCCUGUUGGACACACACUUUCGUAGAGACAAAGAAUGUCUGGAAUUAAUGCAUAUGCAUUAAACUUAACCUAUAGUGUUACAACUAAGGCAGAUGUAUCUUUAAAUAAUUUGCCAUAGUUUUCCUCAUAUACUAUUGCAACCAUUUUAACCAACAAAGUUAAUCAAUGUAUGUGUUUGAAAUGUAUGAUGUCUGGUACUAAACGAAAGCUAGUGACAUUUACAAUACAUUGGUUUAAAUGAAAAACUAGUAGUACAAACAGUAUUCGUCUUGUAACAUUUAAUGUAAGAUA